AUGAACGCCGCUGCUCCAACCGCUUCGUCUCUCGGAGCGAUCAACGGUAUAUCGCUUAUCACCAGUGCUCUGGCACGAUCAAUGGGACCAGCAUUAUUCGGCCUGUUGUACGGCGUUAGCGCAGAGCGACACUGCCCAAUCGUAUGGCUCGUGUUUGGCGGCAUCGCAUGUUUGUCUACUGUCCAGAGUUUCAGGGUGAACAGCGACAACAACACCGACAAUUGCAAAGGGGUGGAAGCAAACGAAAAUGAGGAAACGUUGGAGGAUUAA